CUCAUGGCGAGAGCUCAUGGAACGGCGGUGGCCAGUCGAACGACGACAGUCUCAUUGUGGAAUUUGACCUGUGGCUGCCACUAUGACCUUGAGCGAGACCUUCCGUCGUCAGAUUGCCAACUUCACGUAUGGCCAAGUGAUUUCGAUCUUGCUGGUGUGCACGAGCAUCUUUACCAACAAGCUCCAACGCAAUGACGCGUUGGUGGUCACGUUCAGCACGACCUUCUUGUACGUGCUGUUGGCACUGGUGUUCCUCCCGUACUUUUACGUCAAGCGGUGUGCGUCCGUGCACUUGCCGGUCUGGUUUUGGGUGUUGUUUGGGCUCAUUGACGUUGAAGCCAACUACUGGGCCGUCGCCGCGUUCGCCGAAGACGUCAACUACGCGAUCCUCGGGCUCAUUCUGCACAUGACGAUCCCGGUCGUGACGGUCUUGAGCUACUUCUUCAUGGGCAAGCGGUACAACUGGUUUCACGUGGUCGGGUGCGUGUUUGCUGUGGCGGGCUUUGUCGUGAUCUUCGCGGCCAACAAUGAAGGCGGCGAGUUCCCCAACCAAAUGCGGGGCAACUUGAAGUCGCUGCUGGCUGCGGGGCUGUACGCGCUGUCCAACCUGCUCCAGGAGUUUGCCGUCAAGCGCAACAACACGGGCAUCGACGCCAACAUUGAAGUGCUUGGCAAGAUGGGCGUGACGGCCACGAUCGUGUCGCUGAUUCAGAUGGCCAUCAUCAGCGAAUACGCCAAGGUCACGGACGUCGACUGGUCGGCGGAAAACGUCGGGUGGAACGCCGGCUACGUGCUGACCAUGUUCUUGUUUUACGCGACCGUGUCGGUGUUUCUGCGCGUGUCCGAGUCGCUCCUGUUCAACAUUUCGCUGCUCACGUCCGACCUGUACAGCGCGUUGACCAUGAUGUGGGUGUUCGACGGGUCUGUGCCAGGGUUGUACUGGCUCGCGUGGGGCUUGGAGUGCGUGGGCAUCACCGUGUACUCGGUAUAUGAGCCCAUCGAGUUGAACAAGUCAAAGGACACUGCAAGCGACGACGCCGUGACCCCCGAGGACACCCCCAAACCAGACCUAUCGAACGAAGCCUACCACAAGGUGUAAACCUACACACACACAAUCCACGUGGAUUUGCUUUCUCCGUGGCGAGGGUGGCCUGUAACGUCAGCCACGCCACUAGGAAUUGUACAGUGUAGUACGUAGAUAACAACUAUCAACUCGUACGAUUGAUCUCUUGUUUGGUUAGCAA